CGCCCACACAAAACACAGCAUCCCACGCAUCGUCGAGUGUGUGAAGGCCUGCGGGCGGGCUGCCCUUUCGUAAACAAAGGAUGGGUCGAGUGACCUGAGCCGGGCGAUGGGCGCCUUCAGGGUGGUUGCGACCUGUCUUCACAGGAGCAGGUACGUGUUCAGGCUGCUCAUCUUCAUCCUGGUGGUCUCCCUGUGCACGGCGGUUGUCUUCUACCUCAAGGUGGAGGACCGCGGCGACUACCUUGGCCGCCUCCGUGGUCCGCACCACCUUGGACACCAAAUAGGCGCCGUGGAGGAAUUUAUUCCUGGCCUUCACCUGAAGGGCCGACCUUUCGGCUCCAGAACGUACUGCAACUACACGUUCAGACCUUUGGACUCGGUCGACCCUUGGGACAUAUUUUCCUUCGACCCCAGCCUGUCCAAGCCGAGCGUGCAACUAGGCGAGAAGGGUCCAUACAGGGUGGUCUACAACAUCGUGCCGGGCCAGAAUGCCAGUCAAGGCGCCAUCACCUACUGCACCCACGCCACCCCCGACUUUCUCUACCAUCUGAGCGAGUUGCUGCUCCACUGGGAUGACGCCAUCAGCGUCACCCUCUUCGCUCCUGGCACGGACGCGCACUUGGCGGCCAUCCUUGUCGAUAAGCUCUGCAGAUGCGUACCACAAAUGGCCAGGGUAUCCUUUCACCUCGCCUUCCCAAAGGAUUUGCCUCCUGCUAAAGGCGAAUGGAUGCAAGAUCCUGACUUGAAGUUGGGAGACUGCAGUCCACCAGCAAAAAAAGUAUUAACGCAGAGAAGAUCGCAGGAGCUAACAUAUCCUGUGAACGUGGGCCGUAAUGCCGCCAGGCAAGCGUCGAAAACUAAUUUUGUUCUCGUCUCGGACAUCGAAUUAAUUCCAAGCAUUGGCCUCAACGAACAAUUCGCAGUUUUGCUGCACAGACUGAACGAAAGGAGAAACACCCUGAUGAAAAUACGAGCGGCCAGCAACUGGACGGGCAAAGGGUUCGUCUACGUUUUGCCCGUUUUCGAGGUUGAGCCGUCGGCUAGCGUGCCCCGGGAUAAGGAGCAGCUGCUGCAGCUGUACCAGAAAGACAGGGCCGUGUUUUUUCACCGCUGGGUCUGCCCGCACUGCCAGAAAUUUCCGGGUCUGCAAAAGUGGCUGAAACGAAAGGGAAAGCCGGGCUUUGUGCAACCUUUGAUGGUGGUCAACCGGGAGUACCCUUUCCACAGAUGGGAGCCUGUUUACAUAGGCACCAAAAACGAGCCGCUUUACAGCGAGGAACUAUCUUGGGAGGGGCAGCAGGAUAAAAUGACACAGAUGGAUCAGAUGUGUCUCGAAGGAUACAAAUUUGUGAUUUUGGACCGAGCUUUCCUAGUUCAUUCGCCAGGAAUUAAACGGAAAUCGUCGCCAGUAGUGAGCAAGUGGCGCAAGCCACACGAGCAGAGAAACAUGAAGCUCUACAUCAGCAUUACGCAAAAUUUGCUGAAACAAUACAAAAACCCAAACCAGCGGUGCAAAUUGCAAUGAUCUCUCUUAAAACGCGUUUUGUAUACUUAAUUGUACCAUACAACUUCCUCCUGUGAUUGUGGUUAUUUUCCCAUGAUAAUUUUAGUAGUGAUUCCGACUAGUGAAUGAAAUUUUGUAAUGUCUGUGAUUCACAUGCACUUCGCUGACGCAAACUAAAUCUCUAUGAACUGUUGCCGAUGAUCGAGUUUAUUUAAUCAGGACGGGGCUUUCAAAACACUUCACCUCAGUAGAAUUUGGAUUGAUAGAACUAAUUCUGUACUCUACGAAAGUGAACAGCGUGUAUAUCAUUCCAUUCUAAACUAGUCAGAAGCCGCUGAAGAUUUUUACCUGAUAUAUUGUAUCUCACAUGCAAAUGCAUGUAAAUUUUUGAAAUGCACUUGGGCAUUAAGUUUGGAAGCCGUUGUUUGGCCUUUGAUUGAUCUGCUUUGACCCUGACGAUAAAAAGACAGUUCCAUAGUAUGAAAAAUAAUAAUUUUGAAAACACCAAAAGACACAGCCCCUCCAAAAUUGUUGUACGUACAUACGCGAAUACGCAUUCUAAAAUCUUCCUUAUAGUACACAUGCCAUGUAUGCAAAGUAAGCGCGUAAAAACUAUUUUAAAAGAAACGGGAACUCUGCAUUGCUGUCAGUGUUUGCAUACUAAACGAAUCUUUGACCCAAGUAACGCGUGAGUGUUUAGCAUUUAGUCAAUUACAUCGGUGUGUCAUCCACGACCAAUUUGUGUUGCCAAAAGACCCUGUGAAGCGAUUUUUAUAUAUUCUUGUAUUCACGAGCUGUCAGUGUUGCGAUGAAAAUGAAAAAAAAAAUGAGAAGCACUAAAAAUGUAGUUGAUUGAUAUUGUUCUGCAAAGUAAUGACAUUAAAGAUGAAUUUUUAAAUGCA